UCCCCCCCGGAUCAGAUGAGCUUAAUUUUGACAUGGCUGAGUUCACUAUCUGCGUUGUGGUUAUUUUGUUUUCCAUAAUAUUGACCUGGCUGUUCGGGGUCUCAAGGAAGAGGCAACCACGUGCAAAUGAACCUCCACUGGUGAAUGGCUGGAUUCCUUUCCUCGGAGUUGCACUUAGCUAUGGGAGAAAUCCGCUAGCCUUCCUUAGAUCGACUCAGAAGAAGCAUGGAGAUAUUUUCACUUGUAAAAUUGCUGGGAAGUACAUUACCUUCAUUACAGAUCCUUUCUCAUACAGUGCUGUAUUUCGCCAGGGAAGGAACCUUGAUUUUCAAAAGUUUGCCCUUGGAUUCGCAAGCAAGGUUUUUGGACAUGCAGAUUUCAGCGAUCCUGCGUACAGCGGCAGCUACGAUGGCAUUCAUUCCAUUUUUCGUCAGACGCUUCAAGGCCCGGCCUUGGAACAGUUAACCACCAGCAUGAUGGAUAAUACACAGAUCGUCAUGCAAAGAAAUACGCUGCCUGGGUGGAUGAAGGAGGGACUGCAAAAGUUCACCAAUCGAAUCAUGUUUGAGGCAGGAUAUAUGACAUUAUUUGGCAAGGAUGAGAGGGUCCUAGCAGAGGAAGACAGUGUGGAAAAAAGGCCCUUGAUGCAGAAAAUCAUUGAGGACUUCCUUGUGUUUGAUAAGGCCUUUCCUGAGAUGGCUGCUGGGGUGCCCAUUCACUUCUGCUUGAGAGCUUUUAGAGCCAGAGAGGCCUUGGCUGAAAUGCUUCAUCACAAACACUUAAGAAGGAACCACUGCCUGUCAGCGCUCAUUGAGAGAAGAAUUGAUGCUUUUGACCGGAUUAGCCACGUCAUAGAUGAACUGGGAAAGGCAAGAACGCAUUUGAGCAUGUUGUGGGCAUCUCAAGCCAAUACAUUACCUUCAGCCUUCUGGAGCCUCUAUUACAUGCUAAGGUCACCCGGAGCUUUGAACGCUGCUCAAAGAGAAGUAGACAGGGUGCUGAGGGAGUCAGAUCAUAAUCCAGUCAUCCCUGGGAGACCACUCAUCCUCUCUAAAGAACAGCUAGACAGCAUGUCUGUCUUGGGCAGCAUUAUUGAGGAAGCCUUACGUCUUUCCAGUGCAUCAAUAAUGAUUCGUGUAGUGAAUCAUGACUUCACCUUGGCCUUGGAUUCAGGAUUGACACGUGACAUUCGCAAAGGGGACUACAUUGCUAUGUACCCCCAGAUGAUACACAUGGACCCAGAAAUCUAUGAAAAUCCCACGGAAUUCCGAUUUGACAGGUAUUUGGAUGAAAAUGGACAAAAGAAGACAGAUUUCUACAAAAAUGGAAGAAGGCUGAAGCAGUUCCUGAUUCCAUUUGGGUCUGGGACCAGUGAGUGCCCUGGACGGUUUUUUGCCAUGUGUGAAAUAAAGCAGUUUUUGGCUCUGGUGGUUUGGCACUAUGAAAUGGAGUUGGAGGAUGUGGAAAACAGUCCCUUGACCACAGACAGUACCCGCGCAGGCUUGGGAAUCCUCCCACCAAAGCGCGACGUUGAGCUGCGAUACCGGAGCAGAGAGCAUGCCUGAACCAACGGAGGGGAGACCUCGCAGUAGCUAACUCGGCCUGGUGAACACCUAAUGGUGUCAUAGCACGACAUGUGUCUUUCCUGCACAUUUUGAUUGCUGUUGCACUUGAGCAUUCGGUAUUAUGUCUCAGUGGGUGUAUUUUUACAGCAUAUAGUUACAGCUUAGCUCGAGGUGGAGAGACUGGGCCAUGUCUGGGCUAGUACUGCAUGCUCUAUGUGUUUCUCUAACAUUUCUAAUGGACACCUUCAUGAGGCAACUACUGUUAAAAACCUGCAAUGGACUAGACUGUCAGUAUUUAACAAGGUAUGUAUUCAAUGUGCACAUAUGCCUACCCUUCCUACAGAAGAAAUAGCCUAUCCUGUCAUACCAAUACCAAUGUUUCAUUGUUAACUUGUAAUAACCGAACACUGCAACUGCAAACUAUAUUAAUGUUCAUGUUAAUCCUGCCUGAAUUUCAAAAUGUGCAUGAUUGGACAGUGAGCAAUAUGCCUGUGUAAAUGGCUAUAUGGUGAUAUCAUACCCCUAGGGUAAGUAUUAAAUAUUAUCAAAAAAGUUGAAUAACUGUGAUGAUCAGCAUUAACACUCUUAUGUUCCUGUGGCCAUGUGUGUGCACUUGACUAUUGUCAGCAGUAAUAACAAAGAUAUCGAAAAAAUAAUAAGGCACUAUAUUGUUUCAGGCUGGCACUUGAAUGUAUUUCAAUCGUAAAUAUAUCUUCCUGAAAUAAAGCUGUAUUAAAACGUGA